AACUCUCUGCAGAAUUGCUUUCAUUACCUGAAACUCUAUUUCUUCUCUGCACUCAGCAGAAAUGGCAACUCCUCUCAGAAAUAAUACCAGGCUCUCCAUGGCCAUGGAAAGAACUGGCCAAUGGGUAUUUUCUCAAGAAAUUCCUACUGAUGUUGUUGUUGAAGUUGGUGAAGCAAAUUUCUCACUUCAUAAAUUCAUGUUAGUAGCGAAGAGUAAUUACAUAAGGAAGUUGAUAUUGGAAACUAAAGAAGCAGAUUUAACGAGAAUCAAGCUUUCUGAUAUACCUGGAGGUCCUGAAAUGUUUGAAAAAGCUGCUAAAUUCUGCUAUGGAGUCAACUUUGAAAUCACAGUUCAUAACGUAGCUGCUCUUCGUUGCGCCGCUGAGUAUCUGCAGAUGACAGAUUCGUAUUGUGAUAACAACCUUACUGGCCGGACUGAUGAUUUUCUUGCUCAAGUCGCCUUGUCGAGCCUUUCCGGGGCCAUCGUCGUGUUGAAAUCUUGUGAAGAUCUUCUUCCUAUGGCUCAAGACCUUAAAAUUGUCCAGAGAUGCGUUGAUGUUAUAACCAUCAAGGCCUGUAAUGAAGCCAACUUUCCAAGCCGCUCACCACCAAACUGGUGGACGGAGGAGUUGUCCAUUUUAGACAUAGAGUUCGUCGGGAAGAUCAUUUCCGCCAUGAAACAACGCGGAGCCAAAGCAUUAACCUUAGCUACUGCUAUAAUAACUUACACAGAAAGAAAUCUCAGAGAUCUGGUUCGUGAUCAAUCCGGAAAUGGGAUCACUUCAUUUGAUUCUGAAGAUUCCGAGGUCAGAAUCCGACAACAAGAGCUUCUACAAUCAAUAGUCGCUCUUUUGCCUUCAGAUAAAGCUGCUUUUCCUAUCAACUUCCUCUGCUGCCUUCUCCGAUCAGCAAUCUUCCUCAAAGCAUCUACAGCCUGCAAGAAUGAGCUAGAGAAGCGAAUCUCUGCCAUUUUAGAGCAUGUAACUGUUGAUGAUCUCUUAGUACUGUCCUUUACUUAUGAUGGUGAGAGGCUUUUUGAUCUAGAGAGUGUGAGGAAGAUCAUAUCAGGAUUUGUAGAGAAGGAGAAGAGCAUGGCCGUCUUCAGCGGAGGCGAUUUUAAGGAUAGUUGUUCGGCCAGUAUGCAGAGAGUUGCAAAGACUGUUGAUUCUUAUCUUGGAGAAGUUGCUACUUUUGGUGAGCUUAGCAUCUCCAAAUUCAAUGGAAUUGCUAUGCUUGUUCCUAAAGGAUCAAGGAAAGUUGAUGAUGAUCUUUACCGCGCCAUCGACAUUUAUUUGAAGGCUCAUCCGAACUUGGACGAAAUCGAGCGAGAGAAAGUGUGCAGUGUGAUGGACACAUUGAAACUAUCAUAUGAAGCUAGACUUCAUGCUUCACAAAACAAACGCUUACCUGUACAAAUAGUUCUCCACGCCCUUUACUUCGAUCAGCUUAAGCUAAGAAGCGGAAUAGAUGAUCAUGGCAUCUCCGAAUCAGUCGUUCCUAAUACAAGAAAUCAACUGCAGACGUCCGAUGUUUCUCUCAUCCGAGAGAACGAAGCAUUACGAUCAGAGCUUGUGAAGAUGAAGCUAUGUAUGUCAGAUAUGCAGAAGGGCAAUCAAGGAACUUCUACCCGGGGCGGAUCGCGAAAGUCGACAUUCUUCUCAUCCAUGUCAAAGACAUUGGGGAAGUUGAAUCCAUUCAAGCAUGGUUCUAAGGAUACUUCUCACAUUGAUGAUGGUGAUCUGGAUCUUACAAAGCCUAGGAGAAGAAGAUUCUCUAUCUCUUAAUUAGGACUGUGAUUAGCUAGUUCUAUAUAUUCAUUAUUUUGUUUGUGUGUAUAUGUUUCAGAGGUGGAUCUUCUCUUUGAAGUUUCAACUGAUGAUGAUAGAAAGAUGGAUUCACUUUUUGUAUUUGUGUUGGGAUGAAUUUUUUUGUUCUCCCUUUGAUGUUUGUAUUGAAUUAAUAGUUUGUUGAGUUUGAUUGCAUUUACAAUGUUUGUAAAAGAUGUUAGAAAGAACAUUGCUCGAGAAAUUGUAACAGAACUAAUAAAUUUUCCAUUGAUCA